AUGCAGGGGCAUUCCCGUGGUGAUUUGUAUUCCGUUGUGGGCGUGGCACCAUCGAUCGGUGACAGUGACGUCCAUCCGGAUGACAGGAUGAGGGCCUUUAUGGCAAUCAAAGCGGCCUACAAGGCAACCUGCCGGGUUAUUCAUCCAGACAAGAGUCCGCACCCAGAAGCAAACCAAGCGCAAACCCUUUUGAACCAGGCAAUGACCACAUUAGAGUCUCCCAUUGCCAGGUCUGAGUUCAAUCGGGUAUUUCAAGCCAAGUUGGAAAAGUCUGCUGUUGAAUAUGAGAAGAAGAAAAAAAUCGCCAAAAUCACAGCCAGUAUUUCGAAAGCGGCAGCCCCUGCCCUUGCAAAGGCCAAAAAGAAAGAAGCAUCAGCUGACAGCACAAAAGCAGCAGGCGCAGACAAGCAACCGAAAACAGAUGCAAGCAAGAGCUCUUCGAGCUCUUCUGGGCAGAAGCCAAAUGAAAGUCCAGCUCCGAGCAAGGCAUCUGUUGAGCAGGAAUCGAAUGAAAUCAAGACAAGCAAGACAGAUGGGACAAACACAGAUCCAGCCAAGGGGUUGAAAUUCUGGGAUGUGGCGGGGUAUCAGUUGAGGCCCUUCAAAAUGUGGAUAUCAGUUAGAAUCGAUUCUUCGUCAGCCAGGAAGUUCCCAUACAAGGAGUGGCACAACGCAGAUGUCGCAAAGCGUGUUGCCACGCAGUUUGCCAAACAGUGCCACAGGAGACUUCUUGAGUUCAAGUUUGCAAAGAACAAGAAGGAAAAGAUUGGCUAUAUGAAUGAGAUUGGCAUCAAAUCGAUGACUGGCAAAGAAACCGUUUCUGAUUUGCAGACGCUUUUGGAACAGGCCCUUGUUCUGGGGAAGGUGAACCCGGUUGAAGAACACCUUCGUUCCGUAUUCAAAACGGAAAUCGGUGCGAAUACUGUGGACGCAGGAGCAUUCGUCAAAGAAUUUCCGAUCAAACAAGAUGCCGAACAUUGGCUAGACAUCCUACAGUCGUUGAACAAUAAGAAACUUCUCAAGGGGCAAGCUGAUCUUAUGAAGGCGGCCGCGGCGAACCGAAAGGCCACACAGGAGGCACAUGACAAGAUUCUCGCGGCAAAGAAGGUGUUUGUACCUGAAGAGAACCCAGCAUUCCAGCAAAAACCUUCUGAUGGUAAGGAUAUCUGGGCAGACAUGUUCACAAAGUAUGAGGAACCACCAAAAUCAGAACUCCCGGGUUCCUCCGUCCGUUUGCCCCAAGUGUGCCUGGAGAAGAUGAAAGUAAUAGGCUUCGAGGCUUCGCAGGUGGUUGGUGAGCUUUGGGGAUGGCAGCACAAGACUUUGGGUUGGCGUGUCAACCUCAUUUGCACCCACGAUGGCAGUGCUGGGAAAGCUUUUGAUGACAUUCCGGAUCAGGGCCCAAGAUCAAAGCCACGUUUGGCUAGAGAAAUCGAGCUUGCGAAGGUCGCUCGGGAAGAAUUCCUCCUCUUGUAUGCCAAGCAGCCCAAUUUUGAUGAGGUUCUUUUGGAGAGCUUGCAGGAGAACCCCCAAGUCCCCAUCGACUACGUUCAGACAAUUUGUCUGACCAGUGGCGUUUCUGUGCGUAUCACGCUCAGCCAAGAGGUUGCUGAUCAAUGUCCUGAUUUCCCUAGAGAUGCUGUCUAUGGGACUCGCUGCAAGCCCAUUGGCCACUUCUACUUCUCAUGGCUGACUGAUCCGGGGAGUGGAAAACGAAAUGCUGGCCACUAUGAAAUGCUUCUACCGACAGAAUCCAGUUUGAGCAUGAGGCUUCCAAAUCAUGUGAAACAUUUUCUCGAUGUUUCGCAAAAUGCUGGCCAAAUUCUUGCCAAACAAGAUGUGGCUUCACCCAAGGACACCGAGAGCACGAAGGAGUUUCAGUUGAGAAAUUGUGUCAAGCUGUCACUUAUAUGUGAUGGCUAG